UUUGGAUGUUAUGUUGAAAAAGGAUUUUGCUUUAUCCUUAAUCAUUUUUCUUGUUAAAUUUUUAGAUAUUUGAUAAUUUACAGGAUAUUGAAAUACCAGGAAAAUUUAUUUGAAUAUUUGCAUUUCAAUAUGUUUUAUUUCCGGUAAAGACAAUACGUAUGUAAAUUGAAAAAUAAGAAAACUUGUGGGUUGAAAAUCAGAAGAAUAGGAUAGUUUUCAUUGGUUAUAUUGAGUAUGUAAGCCGAUGAAUAUUUCAAUAAAGGAUUUGAAUUUUUCACAUGCUUUUUAUUUAUUUAAAAUAUGCUUGUAUGCUUCAAGUGAAUCUAAUUUUUCUAUGUGAUAUAUACAGAAAGCAUUAUAUUUAUAAAUAGUCGGAAAAAAAUAAAUAAUAUCAUCUAUAAAAAUAAUAAAAAAAAACAUUAUUCUCGGAAGAUAUCAGGGAUAAUUGGAGUACAGAAACAAUAAUAUAGCUUUAAUAUAAAAACAAAGAAUACAAGAGUAUUGAAAAUUUUCCAAGGACCAUCAUAAACUGAAUUAAAUCUAAUAUCAUGUUGGCAAAUGCAAUUGAUUAUGACUAUCUUAUAAAAUUUUUGGCGCUUGGUGAUUCUGGUGUUGGUAAAACAAGUUUACUCUAUCAGUAUACAGAUGGUGUUUUUCAUUCAAGGUUUAUAUCAACAGUUGGUAUAGAUUUUCGAGAAAAGCGUUUGAUUUAUUCAUCUCGAGGACGAAAUUAUCGAAUUCAUUUACAAUUAUGGGAUACAGCUGGUCAAGAACGUUUUCGAAGUUUAACAACAGCUUUUUAUCGUGAUGCAAUGGGCUUUUUAUUAAUAUUCGAUUUAACUAAUGAAAAAUCAUUUUUAGAAGUAACAAAUUGGUUAGAACAACUUAGAACACAUGCAUAUUGUGAAAAUCCUGAUGUUGUAUUAUGUGGAAAUAAAUGUGAUUUAGAAUCUUAUAGGGUAAUUAGUGAUCAACAAGCAAGAGAAUUAGCAGAACGUUAUAAUUUACCAUAUGUUGAAACGAGUGCUUGUACCGGAUUAAAUAUACGACAUGCUGUAGAUGUUUUAUUAGAUAGAGUUAUGAAUCGUAUGGAAAUUGCUGUAACAAAAGCAAAAUUAGAAGGUUGUAGAAAAAGUAGUUUACCAAAAUGUUUUCUUGGAAGUGGUCCACAAGCUAUCCGAUUAGAUAAUUAUUCGCAAGACAAUAAGUCAAAUAGUAAAAGAAAAUGUAAUUGUUAAAAUAUGUUCUUGCAUAUAUAAUUUGCUAUACAAACAAUAUAUAUAUAUAUAUAUAUAUAUCUUUUAGACUUAAAUUG